GUCAUCUCACCCGGAUGUGAAUGUUGGAGCCGGUGCUAUAAUUUCCGGUGUACAACAGAGCAGUGUGGUCAGAUCUGUUUACAAAAUUUAAUAUUAAACAGUAAAUCUCUCGCAUUAUGUCCCGAGGCUCGAGCGCGGGGUUUGAUCGACACAUCACCAUCUUUUCUCCUGAGGGGAGACUCUAUCAAGUCGAAUAUGCAUUUAAGGCCAUUAAUCAGGGAGGUCUUACAUCAGUAGCUGUUCGAGGGAAAGACUGCGCCGUUGUUAUUACUCAAAAGAAAGUUCCAGAUAAGCUUUUGGAUGAAUCCACUGUCACUCAUUUAUUCAGAAUAACAGAAAAUAUUGGCUGUGUGAUGUCAGGCAUGACAGCUGACAGCAGGUCGCAGGUGCAGAGGGCGCGAUAUGAAGCUGCUAACUGGAAGUAUAAAUACGGCUAUGAGAUCCCAGUAGACAUGCUGUGCAAGCGCAUUGCAGACAUCUCACAGGUGUACACACAGAACGCAGAGAUGAGGCCACUGGGCUGCUGUAUGAUUGUGAUUGGCGUGGAUGAGGAGCUGGGGCCGCAGGUCUAUAAAUGUGAUCCUGCAGGUUAUUACUGCGGCUUCAAGGCCACUGCUGCUGGGGUGAAACAAACAGAAGCAACAAGCUUCCUGGAGAAAAAGGCAAAGAAGAAAUUGGAUUGGAAUUUUGACCAAACAGUAGAGACUGCAAUAAGUUGCCUGACUACCGUUCUGGCCAUUGACUUCAAGCCUUCAGAGCUGGAGAUCGGGGUCGUUACCACAGAGGAGCCCAAGUUCAGAAUUUUGUCAGAGUCGGAGAUUGACACCCACCUCAUGGCCCUAACUGAACGGGAUUGAGAAGAUUGUACCCUGUGACAAAUAAAAGUCCGAGAAUUACAAUCACGUCAUCAAUAUUCAGGUCAACUGAUGUUUUUUUGCUGUUUAUUUAGCUUUUUCUUGUAACAGUACAAUAAAAAAAAAAGUUUUGGAAA